AUGAGCGUGACAACUCACCCAAGGGAAACUCCAGACUUGACUGAGCUGGCAACCGUCAUCCAAACGUCCCUCCAGUCAAACUUCACCCACGCAACUGCCAUAGUCGCCCAAUGUCCAGAUCUCCGACAACCACCCUUCAAUCUGGCCGCGCCAGGCCUCUCGGGAAAUGCAAAGGUCGCCGAUAUUGGAGGCCAGCCAAAUCUUUUCCCUCAGCCUAACAUGGAAGCAAAAUACUCCAUGCUGUCGAUCGCGAAGGACAUGCAGAUGUCAUCAAGGAAAGGCUUCCUGAUCGGCGCGGGGGCAGCGCCCUGGCAAGAUAUCGGCCACAACGCCGAACUCGCGCCGAACUUCUCGUGGACUUCGGAGUCGCAGAACUGGAACCUUGAGGACCCAGGGUCACUUCAGCUGCAAAAUAACACGCACGUGACUGAAGUAAAGGAAGACGGCUCAUCGGCGUGUCAUAGUCUAGCGAGUACAAACUGCGCUCUAAUGAUGAAUCUGUACGGAUCCGAGGGGAUCUCCGGCCCAGUAAUCAAAAUCACCGCUCGUGCACGGACAGGGGAAGGCAACUUUACGAAUGUGAUUCGUGAUGGUCUGCGCGCCCACUAUGGGGAGGAUAAACCUAUAAGUCUUGGUGGGGUAUUCCUUUUGAAAUCGGGCAAGGCGAAGUUUCAUGUUAUGCCAGACUUUCCGAGGCCAGAGGAUCUUCCUUUUCGAGACAGGAAGCAGUUGGAAAAUGAGUGGAUUCGGUACUAUCUGUUUGAAGCUCCGGUCGUAUGUUUGACUGUUUUUCAUAGUGCGGAUCCCGAGAAUCUGGGGUUGCGCAUGGAGCAUACGCAUUGCUUUGAAACUGAGGGUGCUCGCAAGGGAGGUCACUAUCAUUAUGAUGUGGACGGUGGUCAAGAAGUGGAAUACGAAGCGUAUCUGCAUCCUGCGUCAACUCUGUAUAGAAUUGAUCCACCUUAUUGA